UGAAGCGGGAUCUCUGCAUUAUGUAUUCUUUGCUUUCCAAUUCCAAAUCUGCCUCGCCGAAGUCACAAGCUUAUACAGAUCGAAAAAUAACUCAGCAUGCGUAGCGCCCCUUUGGUCUACUUAUCGCACAUUUACGUAGUCGGUCCUGCUCCCUCACAAGCAUGCCAGGAUGCGUAUGGUUGGCGGCACAGAGUAUAUCAAUGCGGGAUUGCCACCAUGGACGCGAGCAUGAAUAGGCUCAGCGCCUGAAGUGGAACUUUCUGAACCCAAUUGGAGCCCAAUAUGAACUCUAGGUCUCCCGAAGCUCGAUGGAAAACCCAAACAAAGAAUGGACUCGCUCGUACAGGGCGUGCGGUAAAGGGAGCACUGCGGACCGUGGGCGAGGGAGCUAAAAGGCUGCGAGAACACUUUCAUCAUGACAAGGCUUCACAACCCACGGCCCCGUGCCCUCAGCCAAACACCCCGGAGGUCAAAGAAGAUCAUCAUAUGGUGAACCAGACUGAAAUACACAAUGUUGACCUUCCGAAGCCUUUUGAAUCGUUCCAGGAUUCGGAGGAAUACAAAGACGUACCUCAAAUUUAUGUCCACCGAACCUCAACCGCUUCAUCGAUAUCAUUUUCUCAAUGUGGGCGAAGAGCUUCCUCUGUAUCCCAUAUGACCACGCGCUCGUCUGCUAGAACCUCAAUUGACGACGCUGCCCGCCCAGACACGGGAGCAAAGGAAUCCGGAGCUCCCACCACGCUUGACGCAGUGGAAAAAAUAUCACAUAGUAUUCAUAAAAAAGCAACGGAAGUAUUAUCCCCGUCUCCUAUAAAGGUUGCUACGUGGCCUCGCCAUACAUCUGACGAAACUGGUGCGAAAAAUCCAAGCGAGCAGGAACUGGAGAAUCGCCAAGCAAAGAACAAUAUCUUUAUACCACACCUCAUUGUCGAAGAAGUAAAACGAGAACCCGGACAGCAAAAGUCCGAUGACCAGCGGGUCACCCGUCUGUCCGCUGGUGUUACUCCAUCCAGAGCAGAUCGAAAACAAAAAGAGCUCAGACAAAACUUUUCUCCUGCGGCAAUGACAAGAGCGCUAAUGGCGUCACAGCUGCGCAGAAUGCCCGCUGGCGACAAGGCGCAAUCGGCCAAGUUCAUCGAGCUGUGGGAGAAAGAACUUCUACCGGCCAUAACACAGAUCUUGGACAUUAACAUUGACGGAGGGUAUUCGGUCAAUGUCCGGACUGGAAAGGCGGCCGACCAUCAAAUUAUAGACGUACUGACCACCGCAAACGCCGCCCAGAAUUGUUCUGAGGCGCUGGAGUUGAAGAAAGCAGCGAUACUCCCAGAGAAGCUAAACCUAAAGACCAGUUUCAAGUUCCGAGGCGGCAAGAGAGAACACUGUGUUUCUACAUCUAGCAGCCGUUCAUCAUUUAGUACGAACCAAGACGGCGACGACGCCUAUAUUGAGGAGAUUUUGGAGCCACGAAUCAAUGUGGGUAGGCACGACGACCCCCAAAUGGGUGACUCUGUUGGGCCGACGUUACCGAGCUGCCGGGGCAGCGCCACCCUCGGCCCAUCCCUGCGGAUCGCUAAUGCCGUUUAUCGGCUCCUAAACUGGCACAUCUUUGACGACAGACGAGGAGGGAUGAACUACAGCUGUGACGCGCCCACGCCACCGUGGCUCGAAGUUGUACACCCUUCAUUGGAUGAUCUGUCACCUGGCCUCGCUCAUGUGCCUAUUGGACACACGGUCGCGUUUUCCGGUCGGAUGUACAAGACGACAAGGGUGUCGAGAAUGCUGCACGCUUUCUACAACGAUAACUCGAGAGUGACCACGGACUGGGUGCUGUGCGAAACCAAAGUUGCGGAAGAUGCUAUCAAUAAGGUCCGACACAUCGUGGAGGGGCAGAGGCGUGACUUGUUCUCUAUCGGUAUAGUGGGCACUGCAGACCCCCCGAUACCCUCGGGCGAGCCAGGGCCGAUCGUGUUCUCUACCGGACGGUCUAGCGGCUUUACUUUUGGCAGGAUAUGCAAGGCUCGAGGCUGCGUCAAACUCGAUGACGGGUCAAAAUUGCGCGACUGGGCCGUCGAAAGCAUACGAAGUCUCCCAGAUCCGAUUUGGAACGUGAAGGAAAUGGGUGUUGGGGGAGAUUCCGGCGCGGGCAUCAUCGACUGUUGCACGAACAAGCUUCUGGGGCAGCUGUGGGGUCGGGAUAAAUACGAGGGCAACGCUGAUUCGGAGCCGCGCAUGACUUAUUUCACGACUAUGUCGGACAUCUACGACGAUAUCCAAGAACGCUGGCCCGGUGGUGGAUGCCCUCGUCCAACCUUGACUGGCGAAACAGACACACCGGGUGCCAUCACGUUUCCCACGCACCCUCCACUAACAAGCAUCCCGGAGAAUGUGAACGGCUUAGACCAUGGCUCGAUCCCUCAUGGAAUAGCCGCAUAUGGGCCUUGGGAUGGUCGACGUUCCAAUGCUCGGACAGCAAAACUCCCGCAUCAGUAUGGGAGCCAGGUUGUAAAAAGCUGGGUAACUUUUCCCCACGCAAAGACAUGGCCAAUGAAGAUCUCGACACCAUAGAAGCAAUAUGGUCGAAAAUCAUCAGCAGUUGGUGGAUUCUUGACUUCGAAUGACGUUCAUGCCCGCUAUAUGUGAUUCGGUCGCUGCUAAUUUUGUAAUUUCAGAAGGGCGCAUCUUGCGAUCAGGGAGAGGAGCGUUGUCUUUGACCAAACCAGAUAGAAUCAACUGCAAUUUCUGUUUCUCAGCAGCGCCCCGCUAAAUUUGUGACUGUGAGCUGGAGGCUUGGUCAACAUAAGCAAGUAC